CAGAACGCAGAAAAUAAUAAUCAUAAAAAUAAGUGUAAUUUUAAUACAAAGAUUAUUCAGUGUGAUCAAACGUCUCCAAAUAUGGAUCAAAAAAAUAUAACAAAACCAAAAAAAUCAAACGAGGAUAUUCUCGCUGGUUUUCAAUCAAUGAGAAAUGAUCAACGAACAAUGGCAAGUAAAUUAACUGAAAUGGAAACUGAGCUAAAUGAACACAAAGUUGUCAUUGACACAUUGAAAAAUGUUGAUCCAAAGAGGAAGUGUUACAGAAUGGUUGGUGGUAUAUUAUGUGAGCAAGUUGUUGAUGAAGUUUUACCAAGUCUUCUUCUCAAUAGAGACCAGUUGAUAAAAGUCAUUGCAACAUUACAAGAUCAACUUGAAAAAAAAGGAGUUGAAAUUAAUGAUUAUAAGGAAAAAAAUAACAUCAGAAUAAGAGGAAUUGAUGAACUUCAACAAACUGAAGAAGAACCAGCUUCAAAAGAGCCAAAAAGAAAUGCUCUUGUUGUUAAUCCUGUUGAAAAUUAAUUGUAUAAACAAUAUUUUUCUAUAUACGUGAUAAUAUUUCAUCAAAUUAUAACGAAUACAUAAAAAAUUUUUCAUAAUACUCAUUGAUUUUCUAUUUAUAUCACUAUUAUUUACAGUUUAUCAACUAAUAUUGAUUAAAUAUAACGCGUUGGUCUUGAAAAAUAACAACAAAAGUAUUUUAUUUAUUUUGAAAAAAAAAAAUUUCCAGUAAAAAACAAAAUUUUACAAUUUUUAUUUAAUUAUUUAUGAGCUUGAAAUAUUUCUGUAACGAUUCAUCCAUUUUUUUUUCUUGAUAAAUAAAUAUUUUGAAUUUACGUUCAAUUUAAUAUUAAUAAUAAUAAUAUGCUGUUAUAAAUAUAAUAUAAAUUAUUUAUAAAUAAAUUAAAAACAUGUGUGAAGAAA